GCACUCCAUGACCAAGAGACGAGACACCAGAGACCAAAAUUGUGAUAUAAGCUCUGGUGAUCAUCAGCGAAGACGACAGUGAUCGGUUGUCGAGGGUGGCGAUGGGCUCGUCGAUGAGCUCCUGCUGUGGUGCCGAGAAGGUAGACCGAAGUUUUGUAAGUGGAGCAGCUAAUAGUUCAUGGAGGAUGUUCACCUACAAGGAGCUACAUGCUGCCACCCAUGGAUUCAGCGAGAACAAUAAGCUCGGCGAGGGUGGGUUUGGAAGCGUUUAUUGGGGAAAGACAGCUGAUGGGCUUCAGAUUGCUGUGAAGAAGUUGAAAGCCAUGAAUUCAAAAGCUGAGAUGGAAUUUGCAGUAGAGGUUGAGGUUCUUGCAAGGGUUCGACAUAAGAACCUACUUGGUCUAAGAGGUUAUUGUGCUGGAGCGGAGCAUAGGCUUAUUGUCUAUGACUACAUGCCCAAUCUGAGUCUGUUGUCCCACCUCCACGGCCAUCUCAAGAGUGAGGGGCGAUUGGACUGGAAAACGAGGAUGAAUAUCAUACUCGGAUCUGCAGAAGGGCUGGUGUAUUUGCACCAUGAGGUGACACCCCACAUCAUCCACCGAGACAUCAAGGCUAGCAACGUUCUCCUGGACUCCGACUUCGAGCCCCUCGUUGCCGACUUCGGCUUCGCCAAGCUCAUUCCCGAGGGGGUGAGCCACAUGACCACCAGGGUGAAGGGCACCCUGGGUUACCUCGCCCCGGAGUACGCCAUGUGGGGCAAAGUCUCCGAGAGCUGCGACGUCUACAGCUUUGGCAUCCUCCUCCUCGAGCUCGUCUCCGGCCGCAAGCCCAUCGAGAAGCUCCCUGGCGGCGUCAAGCGCACCAUCACCGAAUGGGCCGAGCCCCUCAUAUCCAAGGCCCGCUUCCGGGAACUCGUCGACCCGAGGCUCCUCGGGGACUUCGACGAGGCCCAGCUCCGUCGAGUCAUCGAGGCUGCCAUCCUCUGCGUCCAGGGGGAGCCCGAGCGGAGGCCCGACAUGCGUGAGGUGGUGGCGAUCAUCCAAGGGAGCGAUAGCAGGGUGGCGGCCAAGCGGGAGGGAAUGAGGAUAGAAAGCAUCAGGUACGGAGAAGACUUGAUGGCCAUGGACCAGAACAGCGAUGAUGAUGUGGAUGCUCAUGAUCACGAUCACGAUGUCGAUGAUGAUAAUAUGGCAGGAGGGAAGUUUGGAAAUGAUAGCAGUGUUUAUGGCGUGUUUGGGAAGAUGGAUGUGCAGAAGAUGCAUGAUCCCUACGCGGGCUAUGGGGGUAGGAGGAAUAUGCUACAUGGUUGAUGCAUGCAUAGGUGGUGGGCUAGUGGUGGAAUGGACGCAUCUUAAUUUGGGCAAAUUCUCUUCUCGAUCUCCUUGUUGGCCUUUUCAUACAUGGGUGUUGGCCGUUGUUCUAAAAUUUAAAGGGUUGAACCGUAAUUUUGAUGUGGAGCGUAGUUUUAGUGGAGCAGCCUUGUCUCUGUGCUGGUAUACGGUGAAGGGGAUUAAUAAAAUGUGACAUGUCAUAACAUGCUUCUUAUUUUGUCAAAUGGAAGGAAAUGCUAGUAAUUUCA